GUUUGCAAGAAUACUUUAGUAAUGUUUUAUGAUUUAAAUCUUCCUUUUCCUACACAACCGAAUCUGGCGACUCAGCGGAAUGAACUUCGUAAAAGAGUUGACUUACUCAUUAAGCUAGGAUAUCAGGUUGUUGCAUACAAUCACACUGUCACUGGAAAAAUAAACCAGAGUAAUGUAAAUCCAAUAAAAAAACUGGACUUUGAUGAUAUUUCCAAUUCCAACCAGAAACAAAAAAUUGAACAAUUAACCCGAAUUACCGUUGUAAUUGAAGAUGCAAGUCAAAAUAUUGGAUUGACUUCUACCAACAAUGCAAUCUCAUCGUAUGAUAUUUUCGCGGUCCAACCGACAAAUGAAAAAUUAUUUCAAAAUGCCUGCGGUACCUUUGAUGUAGAUAUUAUUUCAUUAGAGAUGGGAUCACGUUUGCCAUUUUAUCUUAAACACGGUACUGUUGGUUUGGCAAUCGAACGUGGUGUAUUUUUUGAAAUAUGUUAUGCCCCAGCUAUCAGAGAUUCUUCGUCUCGUCGACAAUUAAUAUCUAAUGCACAGAAUUUAGUUAGAGUAACGCGUGGUAAAAAUAUUAUUAUCACAAGUGAUGCUCAAAGAGCGAUGGAGUUACGUGAUAGCAAUUUUAGAGCCACAAUAAUGGGUAUGAAUCAAGCUCUUGCUAAAGAAUGUAUUUCAACAAAUUGCCGAUCAGUGUUGAUGCAUGCCAUCACGCGACAAAGGACUCAUAAGGCUGUAGUUUCUUUUGAACCAGUUUCUUCAUUAAAACAAAAUGAUUUAUGGAAGGUAAAGCGUAGUAGGAAAGAGGAAUCAAAAAAAGCAAAACGUAAAAAGAUUGAUGACUCUGAAAAAAGCAAAUAA